AUGCUUGACAGCAACAUCAAUUGCAGCUAAAUUCAUCAUAAUUCGAGCUUGAUUCGCGUAUUUCGUCAACUGAAUGUGCUAUUUUGAUAAAUAUAAUUUAUCUCUAUUUGUAAUUGAUUUUACUGUCUCGAGAGGAUGGAAGUAAUCCCUGUCACCACGAGAGUGCUGGAGAAACCGUCCACUCCGUAUUACAGACCUAAAGGAUGCCCACCUCCACGUCCUGGCGGAAAAUGCAGAAAUUAUUACGUUCAACCCCCUCGUGUCCAAUCAUUCGCCCCCAAGCGAGCAUUUUGCCCACCGGAAGUGCGUCUUGACACGAAAACGACGUACGAUAGCUCGUACCUCAAUGUCAAUGGUGAUAAGAACCGGAGAUUGCCAUUUCGACCAACUCAGAAUUUACAUACUUCUGAUGAGAAGUUCCACGAUGGGACCACGUCGCGGAUCAGUUAUCAGCCCGUGUGGGAGGUCGUUAAGGCCACUCCUGUUCUCCCCCAACAAAGGAGAAACAUGUUCCAAGGGCCCAUGCAAACGAUGACAACGGUGAAACAGGACUUCUGCGCGAAGUACAUCGACAAGGCUCACCUCAUAGUUCCGUGCGGGAAUAUAAGAACCCCUUCUGCUCGAUUCGACGGGGGAACGACCAGUGGUUGCUCUUACAUGGCUCCCAGACCAAUUGAACAAGUUCAGAACUUCAAACCCGUAAACAGGUACUGCGAGCCUGAGGUGAGGCUCUCGGACGAGACGACCUCGAAGCUGAGCUAUCAACCGGUCCAAGUUCACCAGAGGGAGGUCUAUCCAUGGGCUAUGAAGCCGAAAUAUGUUCGAUCGAAUGUAACAAUGGACAACUGCACAACUUACUCGAACAGUUUCUACACUAGUCCUGAAGCCCCUAUGAGGGAGAAGGCUAUUGUCCCAGUGGGUAAUAAAAACCUGAUCCAAGGAGACGACGAAACCUUCACUGGGAAUACCCUCUACAACGAGUUCUUCAAAGCUUACAAGAACGAACGCGUUGCCCCUGUAAUUCCCUGCAGGAACAUCGCUCUGUCCCAGGAGAAAAUGUCUCAUGACACUACUUCAAAGCUGAGUUAUCAACUGGUUCUCGGCGAGAAAAGAACUCCCAUCCGUCCGAACACGAAGAGCAUCCUGAGUGUACAAGGACAGAUUCCCUCGAACACGACGAAUCGCGAUGAUUUUGCGCCUAAAAUGUCGGAUAAACCGUCGGCGAUUAUUCCCUCUGAUAAUAUUCGCAAUUCCAAAGCUCCUCUGGAGGCUUCGACGACCUCACAAUUCUCCUACAUGAAUCCAGGAAGAGUCACACCUCUUGAGAGCUUCAAGCCUCAGAGUCGAUAUAACACACCAACAUCGAAAUUAGAGACCGACACAGUAAACAAACUCUCCUUCAAAAUCUGGAACUUGGAGCCAAAGGUGCCCCUCCCCUGGGCACAGAAGGGCAAGUACGAGGCGCCUAGAAAUCGCAUGGAGGGAGAAUCGACCUAUCUAAAUAGUUUCCCAGCACCUGGUAAAUUCGUCGAGGAAUGCGAGGGCUUGGACACACCUUGCUAUUAACUCCUGACUGAAAACAAUAGUAAAUAAAUUCCCAGUGCCCUCUUCCCACCUGAAAUACACAAAGCCCAGAAAAUAAACUCCAAUCCUCAGGUAAAGGAUUGCUCCCUCUCCCACUGGGUAAUCUUCAUUUCUAACUAAUACCCCAGUGUAGAAUAAUAAAAUGGGAUAAUGAUGGUGUAUUGACUGUGCACAUCGCCUAAAAGUCAGAUGUAUGGAGAAUCCACUUAUCGAAAGUCUUACCUCAUCUAAUAAUUCCAUCAAGCAACACCAUAAACCUCAUAAUGCAUUGGAAGAUGAACUGAAAAGAUUAAUAAAUCCCUAACCUCUUUCGCUCUCUCUCUCUCUCCCAAAUAAAGCACCAAAAACCCAAAGAGAUAGCACAGUAUGUUUCUUUAAUUCUCUGAACAUAAUUAUUACAUUUCAUGGAAUCCUCAUACAUUAUCAACACCUCUUCGAACAAUCACCGUAAUUAAUCCACGAAAAAGAAAAAAAAAUCACAAAGUUAGUUCACAAUUACGAUGAUUAUUUCUCACCUCUAGAGCAUCAAAAUAAUUCAUUAAAAUGGCAACUCCAUUUUGUUGCAGAGAAACUUAAAAUACAAUAGUGUGAUUGGUGAAAUAAUAUGGACAACAUGAUCAUCAAAGUUGUCAUUGCCUUAUACUGUCUAUUGAUCACUCUCGUCCGAAAUUAUUUACAGUUACCUCUUGGGUAAUGGGCCAUUGCCUCGUGUUCUCUUCAUCAUAACUUUGGAGAUAGUUAGGAGUGACAAGAGUGAUUAAACUCAUUUUAUACAAUACCAACAAAUAUUCCACUGUCCUGCAUUGCUCCACCAUAACCUACUCUAAUCUAAGGCACCCCUGGUGACUAACGAUUGUGUCCAGCUUAUUCUCAACAUAUUUUUCAAGUUAGAAUUCCAAUUAAAACAGUUAUAUCGUGGUACAUCGAGUCCUACUAUAUUAAAAUCGUCAUCUCAAAUUAGCUGGGCACGUAAAACGGGGCCCAAUCAUUUCCGUUUAAUUUCUUUGACUGGCAAAGUUCAAAUCUUAGAUAAAAAAUAGUAAUAAAUUUGCAAAAAAAAAUAAA